UCGUUAUUUCCGAGGCGCAAUCAAAUUUUCGCAGGAAAAUCUCACCGAGAGAGCUGGCAAUGCUUAGCUCUUUCACAACAAGAUUUCGCACCCUUUUGUUCAAAGACGAGGGAACAAUAUCACAUGAACAAGGUUCAAGAAAAAGAAAACGGGUAGAUGAAUGUUCAGAGAAUGGAGGAGAAGAUGAAGAUGUUAUCAUUGUUGCAGUCAAGAGACCGAAAGUAGAGACACAAUCUCUGUUUUCCAGAGUACUGUCCAGUCCCUAUAAAAAGAUGUCUGACUGGGUGAAGAGUAAGACAAAAUGGAAUGACAGCUUCUUCUCUCGACCUAAACUGAAAAACAACAAUAGAAACACUCUCAACUUUGAGCAAAUUCCAAGAAAUGGCCGUCUCAAUGGAGGACAGAACCCACAUGAAAUUCGCCAUGAGAAAUAUCUUGCCAAUCGUGCAAUUAGCAAGCCAAAUGAGGAAAUUUUCAUUAAGAAAGACACAGAAUCUCGUAUGGAUAGACAAUGGCAGCAACCAGUGUUACAGCGGGUAGUUGAAUCUCAGACCAAAAGUGAUCGAGCAGCCAAGAUGACCUCAGUGCCAACACAAACGGAUGUUAUCAUAUUGAAUGGAAAGGAUGGAGGUGAGAGGAACCUGGGCACACGUCAGAAAUCAACAUCAUCAUUAAACUUUACAGCCAAGCAUUGUGUUGAUUAUGAAGAAAAGGAGCAGUACCGACUGUUGUUGCAGCAAUAUACCUCUGUCCCAAUCACUCCUGAGGCACUACCAAAACACAAACAGGCUCUACCAAGGCCUUCCAGCGUAGUGUCAAAAAGGUCUGUCGACAAUUUGUCGUUUGGGAAUCAAUCCCAGAAUUGGCCGUCACUCACCUGGACUACAAACAACAGGUCAUUGCACGCCACACCAAUCCGUCCGUUCACAGAAAUGAAUGGUUCAUCCUUCCUAAAGCAACACACCCCAGCUGUGGACUUACUGAGGAAAUCAACAGUGGUGCGCACACCAAUGCAUCCCCCUGUCUACAAAGAUAAGGAGUCGCACAGACCAAAGAGCAAGUCGGUUGAGAAUUUAGAAAAGUUGAAAAAGUCAGAACUAUCAAGAAGGCCAACUUUUAAAGAUUCUCAAUAUAUUACGGAGGAAUGGGUGGAAGAUAUUCUCACAAAAUAUUCUGUGGAUUCCCGAGAAAGAAAUAGGAAAAUAGCAGAACAAGAAGGGAAAUCCAAAUUCUAUGAGGAAAGGAGGAAAGCAAGAGAAGAGCACCUAGAGAGAGAGAUCCAGAUUCGUAUGAGAGAGCUGUCAACAGAACUACCCUUCGCAGAGGAACCAACAAUAGAAGACCUUGAAGAAGAGGAUGAGGUGGUGCAGGUGGAAGAAAAAGAAGUAUUCCCAGAGCUGACAGAUGGCAUGGACAGGAUCAUUUCAAAUGCUCUUCGGCCUCGCCCAGAGCAUGAAGUUCUAGUCGAAGCAUUCCGUCUUCAGAUCACUCGCAAGGAUAUGGCAACUCUUUCUGGUCUCAAUUGGCUCAAUGAUGAGAUUAUCAACUUUUACAUGAACCUGUUAAUGGAACGAGGGAAGGAAGAGGGAAAAUCCAAGGUUUAUGCUUGUAAUACUUUUUUCUACCCUAAAGUUGUCAGUGGUGGUCAUUCAGCAGUCCGGCGCUGGACCAAGAGGAUUGACAUUUUCUCCCAAGAUUACAUCCUUAUUCCGGUCCAUCUUGGCAUGCAUUGGUGUUUAGCGGUGGUCGAUUUCAAGAAGAAACUUGUGCAAUACUUUGAUUCCAUGGGUGGGGAGAACCAACAGUGUGUUAAUGCAAUAAAAAAAUACCUGUGCGAUGAAAGUAUGGACAAGAAGAAGCAGGAAUUCAAUCUCACGGGCUGGGCCACUGAGAUAGUCAAAGAUAUACCUCAGCAGAUGAACGGAAGUGACUGUGGGAUGUUUGCUUGUAAAUAUGCGGAGUACAUCACCAGAGGAGCAGAAAUCACAUUCACACAGGAACACAUGCCAUACUUCAGACAGAGAAUGGUGUACGAGAUUCUACAGGCGAAGCUGUUACAGUAGCAGGUGGGAGUGAUAAUUGAGGACCUUUGGUGCUGUGUGUAAUUCACUGUGAGGAUGAGUGAGUGGUGAAAAUGCAGGGUUAACAUUAAUAACAUAAAAUGAUGAAAUAUCAAGAUGCAAAUCAACAUGAUUCCACAUCCAUGUGACAGAACAUUUGGGAAGAUUGUGGCUGUGACCAGGUGGAUUUUCUGUUUCUCUGCAGGGUCAAAUGGAAUACAACAUGUAUAUUAUUUUCUGUUCUGCCAAAUGUUUAAUUCAUA